GUCCUCCUUUCAAUCCAUCGUACGCCAGACGCAGACUCUCCGAUUCAAUUCAACGUGUUGCCGCCAGAUCGCUGCGCCUUGUCAUCGAGCCUUUAACCCAGGCCGCCCCCUCCACAACCGCCCAACACGGCUACCCCGCGCUUCUCAGCUCUUUUUCUUCCCUUCCGCUGCCCAAUUCGCCUCGCGGCUCGCGACCAUCAACGAUAGCAUCACCACCGCGUAGUUUGGUGGCCUCUCUGCAACAUGUCCUCGAAUCGCCCAAACGCCCUGCACAACCUCAGGAUGGGGGAGGUCAUUCGCGAAAAGGUGCAAGACGGUGUCACUGGUGAGACCAGGGAUCUGCAGUAUACCCAGUGCAAGAUUGUCGGCAACGGUUCCUUCGGCGUUGUCUUCCAGACGAAGCUCUCCCCAUCCGGGGAGGACGCUGCCAUCAAGCGCGUUCUUCAAAGACAAGAGAUUCAAGAGCUGCAAAUCAUGCGCAUUGUUCGUCAUCCCAAUAUUGUGCAGCUCAAGGCUUUUUACUACUCGAACGGCGAGCGCAAAGACGAGGUGUACCUGAACCUCGUUCAAGAAUUCGUGCCUGAGACGGUCUACCGUGCUUCCCGUUUCUUCAACAAGAUGAAGACGACCAUGCCCAACCUCGAGGUCAAGCUCUAUAUUUACCAGCUCUUCCGCGCCUUGGCCUACAUCCACUCUCAAGGCAUCUGCCACCGCGAUAUCAAACCCCAAAACCUGCUGCUGGAUCCUACUUCUGGUAUCCUAAAGCUGUGCGACUUUGGCAGCGCAAAGAUCCUGGUGGAGAACGAGCCUAACGUGUCAUACAUCUGCUCCCGCUACUACCGCGCCCCCGAGCUCAUCUUUGGUGCCACCAACUACACCACCAAGAUUGAUGUUUGGUCAACUGGCUGCGUCAUGGCGGAGCUCAUGCUUGGACAACCACUUUUCCCAGGCGAGUCGGGCAUUGACCAGCUGGUAGAGAUCAUCAAGGUUCUGGGAACGCCCACGAGGGAGCAGAUCCGCACGAUGAACCCAAACUAUAUGGAGCACAAGUUCCCGCAGAUCAAGCCCCAUCCCUUUGCCAAGGUGUUCCGAAAGGCCGACGCUCACGCCAUCGACCUGAUUGCCCGUCUCCUUGAAUACACGCCUACAGAGAGGCAAAGCGCCGUCGAUGCCAUGGUGCAUCCAUUCUUCGACGAGUUGAGGGACCCCAACACUAAGCUGCCCGAUUCGCGGCACCAGACCGGCACGGUGCGGGACCUGCCUCCUCUGUUCGACUUCACUCGUCACGAACUCUCGAUCCGACCGGACCUCAACGCUCAACUGGUGCCGGCUCACAUCCGACCUAUCCUUGUUUCCAAGGGUCUCGAUAUCGAUUCGUUCACACCAUUGACGAAGCAGGAGAUGCUCGCCAAACUGGACUGAAGCAAGCACAGGCCAUCUAUGAGACGUUGCACUACCACAUACCCGCCUACGGGCCGUUUGUGGUCACGGCCCGGGGUGAUCUGCUAGCCUACACACAAAACCUAUUCAAGUCCACGCCCAGCAGCAGUAGCACGACACCCCCCAGCAAAGUCGGGCCACAUGAUGAUUAGAUACGAUGAGGAUGACCUCUAGAAGCAGGUUGGCGUCAGACGCUUGAGGAAUAUGAAACUGGUCGGCGUGGAGAGUAUGCAAAAUGGAUGGGGCACAAGCGUGGUCUGGGUAUUGCUGCGGUUUGAAUCCCGCUACAAAAAGAGAGACCGGGCCGAAGAAGGAGACUCGAUUGUUGAGAGCACCACUUGCUCGCCACGGGAAGGCUGCAUUGCUGCAUACCCAAAGGGAAUCAGGGAUUAGACCACAUGUUGAUGCAUGACUGAGAUGGUUGGCUGGCUGCUGCUCUGUUGUUUACCCGCGUUACAAGUAAAAAUGGGCUUCAUUGCCUUCCCCGCCGCGUACGGUAUGGCACAAUCAAUGUACGGUCUUGGUCUGGAUGGCUUGGCUUGUUGUUUCUCCA